AAAAAAAUAUCCUACUGCCUUUUGGGAAGGAGUAAUUAGGGAGCUAAAAGUUGGUAGUGCGGUAGUGGACAGGGGAGGAGUGUCCAUGGUGUCGCUCGCGCACUACCGCUCGUCAGAUCCGCUUCAGCAGGCGUCAAUGGGCGGUUAGCUUCUUUUGGCGUCUUACAGAGCCAGCCCUCUGCUGCUCUUUUGAUCUUGGUAGUAUCAAUUCACAGCCUCUCCAGAGAGAGAGAAAGAGAGAGAGAUUCUAGGGUUUUCUCUCUUGUAGGAAAUGAUUGGUCUUUGCUUUCCUUCAAUCAGAAUUCUCUCUGGAUUGGAUGAAUAUGGCAAUGGUUUGAAGAGUUUUACCUAUACUCAGGUUAUCUAUUGUCAGGUAUGCGAGUUUCCUGUUGCAAUAAAGGUUCGAAUGAGAGGGUUGUAAAGUCAGUGGCUGAAAUUAGCAUAACACACACCUAUCAGCAACCAAAUGGCAUCUGCCAGUCUGAGGCAUAGUGGUGUGGGCACUUCUAGAGCAGCAAACAGUUUCAAGGGUUCAUCCAGCUCAGUUGAAUGGCUUGGAAGGGAGAUGCUGGAGAUGAGAUUAAAGGACACCAUGCCAGACCUGGACGAGGACAAAGAAAUUGAGCCAGACAUUACUGAUGGAGUGGGUGCUGAACGGGGACAUAUAAUUGCCACUGUUGUUGGUGGUCGAAAUGGCCAACCCAAGCAGGUUGCCGGGAAAUUUUUUGUGUUUAUGUUUAUCAUUUUCUUAUGGUUUACCCCUAUGACAGUCACCAAAUUUGUGAUUACUAAACAGGCAGUUACUUACAUAGCAGAACAUGUGGUUGGAACAGGUUCUUUUGGAGUUGUAUUUCAGGCAAAAUGUAGGGAAACUGGAGAAAUUGUUGCUAUUAAGAAGGUUCUUCAGGAUAAGCGUUAUAAGAACAGGGAAUUGCAGAUUAUGCACAUGCUGGACCAUCCUAAUAUUGUUGGUCUCAAGCACUACUUCUUUUCUACCACAGAUAGAGAAGAACUUUACCUGAAUCUUGUACUUGAGUUUGUUCCAGAAACUGUUAAUCGUAUUGCAAGGCAGUACAACAGGAUGAACCAGCGUUUGCCACUCCUUUAUGUCAAACUCUAUACUUAUCAGAUAUGCAGAGCACUUGCUUACAUCCAUAACAGUGUUGGCAUCUGUCAUCGAGAUAUUAAACCUCAAAACUUGCUUGUUAAUCCACAUACGCAACAGCUCAAAUUGUGUGAUUUUGGCAGUGCAAAAGUAUUGGUGAAAGGAGAACCAAAUAUCUCUUACAUAUGCUCGAGAUAUUAUCGUGCACCUGAGCUCAUAUUUGGUGCAACUGAGUAUACAACCGCAAUUGACAUGUGGUCUACAGGCUGUGUAAUGGCUGAGUUGAUACUUGGGCAGCCCUUGUUUCCUGGAGAAAGUGGAGUUGAUCAGCUGGUUGAGAUCAUCAAGGUUCUGGGAACGCCCACAAGAGAAGAGAUAAAGUGCAUGAAUCCAAAUUACACCGAGUUUAAGUUUCCACAGAUAAAGGCACAUCCAUGGCAUAAGGUUUUUCAAAAGCGACUGCCCCCAGAAGCAGUUGACCUGGUAUGCAGGUUUCUGCAGUACUCGCCAAAUCUCCGGUGCACUGCUUUGGAAGCCUGCAUGCACCCUUUCUUUGAUGAGCUGAGAGAUCCAGAUACUCGUCUACCCAAUGGUCGUCCUCUUCCUCCGCUCUUCAACUUUAAACCUCAAGAGAUAAUGUGCAUACCUCCAAAUGCUCUUGAACGCCUUGUUCCAGAGCAUGCGAGAAAGCAGAGUUUGUUCAUGGCCUUGAAUACUUAGUUGGGUUGAGAAUCCAAACAUCCCAGUUAUCCCUCUGGAUCUGUUCGUUUGGUUUGUUGGUUCAUGAGAUAUGUAAAUUCACUGUCUUUUUUUUCUCCCCUUUCAAUUCCUUUGUCGAUAUUUUUCUUUUCUUUUUAUUUUUUCCUUUAAAUCCGGAUCUGUGUGUGGUGAAGAAGAUGGUU